CAGUUUGUCACCACCCAGGCUCCCUAGCCUUUGGCUGGGUGCAACUUCCAUUUUAGGUGUUGGAUCUGAGAGAAAAAAAAAAAAAAAAAAGAGUGAGUGAGUGAGAGAGAGAGAGAAGGGGAGAGAGAGAAAGAAGAUCAGAAAAGAUCCUAAAAGGAGGAAGCGGUGGCGAAAGAUCAACUACCUUGCUGGAUCUGUCUUUCUCAACACAUUGGCGAAGUCUUGGGUUUCUUUCUUAAAAGGACUGCUUUUUAGAAGUCCACAUCCGAGCUCUCUUCUUACUGCUUCCUCCUUGCUGUGGUGGCUGGGAUGCUUCGCACAUGACUUUUUGAAUCUAGACUGGGCUGUCCUCUGUGCUAAACCACUCAGUUACGGCCUUCUCUCAACAGGUGUUAGUGUGAAGUGAGGGAGGCCUUCUCCCUCCUUCCUCCUCCCUCUGUGUGAUCCACCCUCCUCUUUACCCUGCCCUGCGGCGGCUCCGCCCCUUACCUUCAUGGAUGACUCAGAGGUGGAGUCUACCGCCAGCAUCUUGGCCUCUGUGAAGGAACAAGAGGCCCAGUUUGAGAAGCUGACCCGGGCGCUGGAGGAGGAGCGGCGCCACGUCUCGGCGCAACUGGAACGCGUCCGGGUCUCACCACAAGAUGCCAACCCACUCCUGGCCAACGGCACCCUCACCCGCCGGCAUCAGAACGGCCGGUUUCUGGGCGAUGCUGACCUUGAGCGACAGAAAUUUUCAGAUCUGAAACUCAACGGACCCCAGGAUCACAGCCACCUUCUGUAUAGCACCAUCCCCAGGAUGCAGGAGCCAGGGCAGAUAGUGGAGACCUACACAGAGGAGGACCCCGAGGGAGCCAUGUCCGUGGUAUCUGUGGAGACCUCAGACGAUGGAACCACCCGGCGCACAGAGACCACGGUCAAGAAAGUUGUGAAGACGGUGACCACACGGACAGUCCAGCCAGUCCCGAUAGGACCAGACGGGCUGCCCGUGGACCCCUCAUCUGUUCCUAACAACUACAUCCAGACUCUGGGGCGUGACUUCCGCAAGAACGGCAACGGGGGCCCCGGCCCCUACGUGGGACAAGCAGGCACGGCUACCCUCCCCAGGAACUUCCACUACCCCGAUGGAUACAGCCGCCACUACGAAGACGGUUAUCCCGGCGGCGGCGACAACUACGGCAGUCUGUCCCGGGUGACCCGCAUCGAGGAGCGGUACCGGCCCAGCAUGGAGGGCUACCGGGCCCCGAGUCGCCAGGACGUGUACGGGCCCCAGCCCCAGGUGCGGGUGGGUGGAAGCAGCGUGGAUUUGCACCGCUUUCAUCCAGAGCCCUACGGGCUGGAGGACGACCAGCGCAGCAUGGGCUACGAUGACCUGGACUACGGCAUGAUGUCUGAUUACGGCACUGCCCGUCGGACUGGGACGCCCUCGGACCCUCGCCGACGCCUCAGGAGCUAUGAAGACAUGAUUGGUGAGGAGGUGCCCCCGGACCAGUAUUACUGGGCUCCUUUGGCUCAGCAUGAAAGGGGCAGCUUAGCCAGCUUGGAUAGCCUGCGCAAGGGCGGCCCCCCACCCCCCAACUGGAGACAGCCAGAGCUCCCGGAAGUGAUAGCCAUGCUGGGAUUUCGCCUGGAUGCUGUCAAGUCCAACGCAGCCGCCUACCUGCAGCACCUGUGCUACCGCAACGACAAGGUGAAGACGGAUGUCCGCAAGCUCAAGGGCAUCCCGGUCCUGGUGGGGCUGCUGGACCACCCCAAAAAGGAAGUGCAUCUGGGAGCCUGUGGGGCUCUCAAGAAUAUCUCCUUUGGGCGCGACCAGGACAACAAGAUUGCCAUAAAAAACUGUGACGGCGUCCCGGCCCUUGUGCGGCUGCUCCGAAAGGCUCGGGACCCGGACCUCACCGAAGUCAUAACUGGAACCCUGUGGAAUCUCUCUUCUCACGACUCAAUCAAAAUGGAGAUCGUGGACCAUGCACUGCACGCCUUGACAGACGAAGUGAUCAUUCCCCAUUCUGGCUGGGAGCGGGAGCCGAAUGAAGACUGUAAGCCCCGCCAUAUCGAGUGGGAGUCAGUGCUCACCAACACAGCCGGCUGCCUUAGGAAUGUCAGCUCAGAGAGGAGUGAAGCUCGCAGGAAACUGCGGGAAUGUGACGGUUUAGUGGAUGCUCUCAUUUUCAUUGUCCAGGCUGAGAUCGGGCAGAAGGAUUCAGACAGUAAGCUGGUGGAGAACUGCGUCUGCCUCCUUCGGAACCUGUCCUAUCAAGUUCACAGGGAGAUCCCACAGGCGGAGCGAUACCAAGAGGCACCUCCCAGCGUUGUCAACAAUGCUGGGCCACACGCUGCCAGUUGCUUUGGGGCCAAGAAAGGCAAAGAUGAGUGGUUCUCCAGAGGGAAGAAACCCACUGAGGAUCCAGCAAACGAUACUGUGGAUUUCCCUAAAAGAACAAGUCCUGCUCGAGGAUAUGAGCUGUUGUUUCAGCCUGAAGUGGUUCGGAUAUACAUCUCACUCCUCAAGGAAAGCAAGACGCCCGCCAUCUUGGAAGCCUCUGCUGGAGCUAUUCAGAAUUUAUGCGCUGGGCGCUGGACGUACGGCCGAUACAUCCGUUCUGCUCUUCGUCAAGAGAAGGCUCUCUCUGCCAUCGCUGACCUCCUGACCAGUGAGCACGAGCGGGUAGUGAAAGCUGCCUCUGGAGCACUGAGGAACCUGGCUGUGGACACUCGAAACAAAGAGUUAAUUGGUAAACAUGCCAUCCCUAACUUGGUAAAGAAUCUGCCAGGAGGACAACAGAACUCUUGCCCAAAUUUCUCUGAGGACACCGUGGUUUCUGUUUUGAACACCAUCAAUGAGGUUAUAGCUGAGAACUUGGAGGCUGCCAAAAAGCUUCGAGAGACACAGGGCAUUGAGAAGCUGGUGUUGAUCAACAAAUCAGGGAACCGCUCAGAAAAGGAAGUUCGAGCAGCAGCACUUGUAUUGCAGACAAUCUGGGGAUAUAAGGAACUGCGAAAGCCACUGGAAAAGGAAGGAUGGAAGAAAUCUGACUUUCAGGUGAAUCUUAACAAUGCUUCUCGUAGCCAGAGCAGUCACUCAUAUGAUGACAGUACUCUCCCUCUCAUCGACCGGAGCCAGAAAUCAUCAGGUACGGGAUCCGGAGAUAAGAAACCUGAUCGGGAAGAAAUCCAGAUGAGCAAUAUGGGAUCAAACACAAAAUCAUUAGAUAACAACUAUUCCACGCUGAAUGAGAGAGGGGACCAUAACAGAACACUGGAUCGAUCCGGGGAUCUAGGGGACAUGGAACCAUUGAAGGGAACACCCAUGAUGCAGGACAAGGGAUCUCUGGAGGAAGAGUUGGAUGUGUUGGUUUUGGAUGGUGAGGGGGACCAAGUAUCUUACACCCCCAUGCAGAAGAUUUAGCGCCACCAUCCUCACUCCACCUGGGAUGAUAAGAUAACAUACUUUUAUUUUUUGGUGGUGAAGCAAACUGAUGAUUUUUUUCCCCUUUCUUCGCUGGACUGUUGUGCCAACUGCCAGGCUGCCUCCUGCCCUUAUAGCGCCAAGUGGCUGUCUCCCCCUUCCCCAACAACUCCUAAUCUCUUCCAGUGAAGCCUAAUUGUUCCUCCUCCUGCCUCCAGUUCCCCUUAAUUCCUCCCAAGAAGCCUGCCUCGGUUGUAUGCAUAUCUUGAGAAAGUGCUGCAGAUUAGCUUUUUUUUUUUUUUUUCCUUUCCCCCUGGAAUUUUUGGCCUUGUGUGGAAGGAGGGAGAGAGUGUGACUCUUCACUGGAAGACUUGGAAGUUACAUGCUGUAUAUGUGGUGCCCAGCAAUCUGAUAAACUGAUGAUUCUAUAAUCAAAGAUGUUUUUGUUUUUUUCCCCUGGUGGGGAAGGGACUUUUGUUGUGGUUUUCUUUUUUUUUUUUUCCUUUUCCUUUUUUUGGAAUGGGAAGAGUGAGCACUUCCCUACUCCUCAUGACUAUUUUUGAAGCAAAGAAGGCCGGCAACAUUGGGACAUUCCUUCCACCUGGCAAGGGCCCUUGAGUAAGUGAAGGUCUCUUCGAACUGACAUGGUGAAACCUUGCCCUUCCUCAUCUCCAGGGCAGGGGGGUGCCAUGUAGGACCUCGACUCCAAGCCUCAUGCCAAUCCUGGGCUGCUAUGACUGUGGUCCUUCACUGAGGCUGCCCUGAACACUUCCUCUCUCACCCUGCGAUACUGUCUGCUGAUGUCACCUGGCCAUCUGCAAGAUGCUGUCGAAAAGGGAGAUGUCCAGGAGGAUGCUGGGUGAGGAGGAGCAGAAAGAUGUCUUCCAGGAAGGAGAGGCACUUCUGGGAGGAGCUAGUAGGACCGUGCAGGGGUCGCUCUGCAACUGGCAGGAAGCUUCAAAGAUGGCUCCUCCCACCCUGUUUCUCCUGUCCUUAUCCCUACGAGCAAGCUCUCUCCUCCCUGGAUUGGUUGGCUGACUAAAGGACUUGAUGUACAUACUCCUGCAAACCCCGCCCCCUUGACCCUUCAGAGGUGGGGACCGCCCCUGGCUUUGCCUCUUCUUUGUGCCUUUGGCCUGGGAUGCAGCUCCUCUUUCUCUUCCAUGUGCCUUUCUUUGCCUCUGCCGUCUCACGUCUCAUGAGUUUUGCAGAUUGUCUCGUCGCUCUCUUACCCGCUCUUGGCCCUAAGUAGUAGAAAGGAAGAGGGAGCCUGACCGCUGGCAAAUGGGUGUGGCCCGUAACGGCAGGCGCACUGAGCUGGUGCCCCACAGCCCGGGGCUGGCUUGUCAAGGAAUCUUGAGACGAGGUUGGUGGGAUACGGGCGAGAGAGUGGUGCAGCUUUCCUUCUUACUCGCCCAGAACCUACUAGUGACCAUGAUCAUUGUAGGGGUCGAGGGAAAGCUUGUCAUCCCCUCUCGCCCACCCUCGCCCGUCCUCCUGUGGGAUUGUGAUAUAUUAGCAUGUUGGGCUAGAGGGAUCAACUGCUAUGCUGGUUGAUUAUUAUUAUUAUUGUUGUUGUUAUUAUUUUGUACUUGUUUUCCUGAUUGGCCCUUCAUUCCUCCUCCUCAUCUAAGCACUCUGUUCAGUGCAACUGGAAACCCUUGCCUUGUCUUCCCCCUCCCCUUCUCUACCGAGGCUAAGGGGUAGGAAAAAAAUGCACAACCUACCAGCCCUCUUCCCUUCCCUUAUGCAGUCAGAUCCCUUACUUGCCUCCAGUUUCCCCCUCUCCCAUACAUUCCUCCUCCUUUCCUGGCCCAAAGGAGCCCUUUCUCCUCUGCCCUGAGAACAUACUGCACAGGGAAUAUUCUUACCCAUCCAGACUGGCUUCCCUCUUGGUUUCUCACUCUGCUCUAUUCCUGGUGCUCUUUCUUCUCGGUGGGGUGUGGGUAAUAGAACAGCCAUGUGCUUUUGGGGACCUUUAACUUUUUUCCCCCCCUUUCCUUUUUUUUUUUUUUUGUUUAUAAAAACACUAAACAUUCAAUUCCAGAGAACCAAAAAUCCCACCUUCCACCGAACACUACUAAGGAGUGUGUUUUCUGCUCCACACCUUUUCUGUUUUUUCUUUCUCUUGUUAAUGCUUUUAAAAACAAAUGAGUUUUUUAUAUAAAUAAAGUUUUUAAGUGUGUA